AUGCUCAGUUACCGGAGCCAAUCGGUCGAGCGUCGUUGGGGCUUCGGCACGGUGUUAGCGAUGCUGGAUGUCGUUGGAACACAACCGGGACAGUGGGCUCGUAAUUUGUUCAUUCAAGGUCUAGUUGAGGACGACGUCGUUAGGGACCUCGAACGCCGUGUGCAGCACGGAGACGACGACCAAAUUCUUGCAUGGUUUGAAAGACAGGUGAUUACCUAUUCUCAAGUUGCGUCCGGUGGAGCUGCCAUGACUCGCGGAACGGUAGAUGAAUACGAACAAUUGAGUGACCAUAACUUUUCGGCGAUUGCCGAGUGGCUCAUUCCUCGGUUUUGGUCGGAUUCUACAAACUCGGAACGUGCGAGGGGAGUAGUCGCUCGGUUAAAAGAAGCAUACUACACGAGUGCCGUUCCCUUAUCUUGGUUUGGCUACAAGCCUGAAUCCUUCCACCAUUGGGUUCCCAGUAGUAUCUCUCCCGCUAGUCUAAGGUCAGCUGCAGCGGUGGCAUAUUGGGCUCACUUUUUGGAUACGAGAGAUGCUAUGUCACCGGAGCAAAUAUUGCGGCAUCUAUCCGUACUUGCGCGCUGGUCCCCGGCCCAAGCUUUCAUGCACGUUUCCGACAACUUGAAGAAACAUUCGCCGCAGUUUAACGGAGCUCAGCGCCACUACUGUCUUAGUAACCUCAUGCAAUCGAUUGAACUUUGGCUCUGCUUCAGACGGAGCCCGGAUGCGGUGCCUGUGCACGAUCAUGUCAGUCGACGCAUGGCAGGAGACUUGCACAGCUUUAUGCAUGAACUCACACUUAUGGAUGGGUCAGACGACCGAGAAAUACAUGUCUAUAGCGAGUCCGAAAUGGGAGGGUGGAUGAAUUCGAUGGCAUUGCAAGCAGCUGAGAGAUUUCGCCAGGACUAUCUUGCAAAGUAUCGCAAGCGCCGAAACUGCUUCUCUUCUGCGUAUUUCUCAGACUUAGUGUCAUGGCAAGUGCCUUCGGAAGAAGAAGUCGUCCACUUCCCCGUGGGCCAAGAUCUUGGUUUUGAACUUGAUGGUCCUGGGAGGUAUGCACUCCGUCAGACGGUCUGGUUGGAGGAACAACUCGCGCGCCGUGUGACGGAACUGCUCAUAGAGCGGGAGACUGCCGUCGACGAACACCUUAAUGAGAUUCCUCCGACGAGAGACGACGUUAUCCGCCGCUUUUUGGGCCAGCAAAAGUCGUUCCGUUUCCGAGCCUCGGAAGAGACGUUCCGUCAACUGUACGAACAGGCGCUAGAGGAAACGGUAAACCGAGUGGCCGCUGAAGAGGGGCAUGAGUACGCUUGGAGAGUCGCCUGCGCUGCAAUCACUAUGAUGUACCACGUCUUCGGGGUCGUUGAUGCACCCGUGGCUGGACGGCCUUUUCCGGAUGCCGCAGCUCAGCCACCGGAAACAAUGCGGUCAUGGGAAACCUUUGGACGGUCAUGGGGAGCCCCACCGUCCGGACAGACACCCACACUCUUAGACCGUCUGGAAGCAUUAAUUGAGCAACAGAUUCGUUUCUGGCGGGGACCUUAA